UUUAUUCCCUUCGCAUUUUAAAUUCAGGCAAUGGUGAAUGGAAGUCUCAAGCACCUUUUCCUUUUCAAAUUAAAAAUGGUGGAUGAUUGAAGACAUUUUCUUUUUGAAAUCAUCUUUUGCAUUUAUCUGGAUUUGGGUAAUGUGGCUCUUAGCUUUUAUAUAUUCUUUUCAACUUUUGCUGAACCAGUGGCACGCACGUUAGUUUCUCUUUAGUCUUUUUACUACCAAACUUCACUGGUUUUGGUCUGAGAGAAGGUGUGACUCAGUGGAUUGCUGGUAUGAAAAAGAGUAUGGAAUUGUACUGGUUCAGUUCUGAUGUAAGUAUUACAUGCAACAAAAACAAAAUCAGUUAAAGAUUGGUCUUGUUUAAUUGUUCUAACCGCUCCUACCAGCUCCUUACUUACUACAUAAAAAAGGAAAAAAGAGAGCUGAUUUUGGCAUCUGGGCUUCUAGUCUUUUGAGCUUUCCAUUCAAUGGAAAGGAGAGAGGAUGCUGUUUUGUGUUUUGUGGCUUUGUUAUGCUUAUGGACUUCAGCAACUGGCUUGCUUUCUCCCAAAGGUGUCAACUAUGAAGUUCAAGCUUUGAUGGGCAUCAGAGACUCUCUGGAGGAUCCUCACAAUGUUCUUGAUAAUUGGGAUGAGACAGCUGUGGAUCCAUGUAGUUGGGCUAUGGUCACCUGCUCUCCUGAUGGUUUGGUCAUUGGCCUAGGAACUCCAAGCCAGAGCUUGUCCGGUACUCUGUCACCAGCCAUCGCCAACUUGACAAAUCUCCAGAUUGUGCUCCUGCAGAACAACAAUAUAUCAGGAAGAAUCCCCACUGAGCUUGGGAGACUUCAAAAGCUUCAAACACUUGAUCUUUCUAAUAACUUCUUCACUGGUCAAGUUCCCAAUACUCUAUACCACAUGAAAAGCCUUCAAUACCUGAGGCUAAACAAUAACAGUCUCUCUGGAGCAAUUCCUUCAACUUUGGCUAACGUGACCCAGCUUUCUUUUCUGGAUCUGUCUUAUAACAAUUUGAGUGGUCCCGUACCCAAGUUUCACGUUAAGUCAUUCAGUGUUGCUGGAAACCCUUUGAUAUGUGCCACCCGAAGUGAGGAGUGUUCUGGAACGACAUCGCUGCUGCCUUCUUUUACCUCGAAUAAUUUACAAAAGACUCAACCUUCUGGAACAACUAAGGGUCAGAAAAUUGCCUUAGCCUUCGGUUCAAGCCUAGGCUGUGUCUGCCUUUUACUUCUUGGAUUUGGUUUCCUUUUUUGGUGGAGGCAACGGCACAACCAGCAAAUAUUCUUUGAUGUUUAUGAACAACAUCAUGAACAACUUUGCCUUGGAAACUUGAGGAGAUUUCAGUUUAGAGAACUACAGAUUGCUACAAACAACUUCAGCAGCAAGAACCUGAUUGGCAAGGGUGGUUUCGGUAAUGUUUAUAAAGGGUAUCUUGAAGAUGGUAUGGUAGUAGCUGUGAAAAGGCUCAAAGAUGGAAAUGCCAUUGGGGGUGAGGUCCAAUUUCAAACUGAAGUUGAGAUGAUCAGUCUAGCCGUGCACCGGAAUCUCCUUCGGCUCUAUGGAUUUUGUAUGACAGCCACGGAGAGGCUUUUGGUUUAUCCAUACAUGUCGAACGGGAGUGUUGCUUUUCGUCUCAAAGCAAAACCAGCCCUGGAUUGGGUUACAAGGAAAAGAAUUGCCUUGGGAGCUGCAAGGGGUUUGCUAUACUUGCAUGAGCAGUGUGAUCCCAAGAUAAUUCACAGGGACGUGAAAGCUGCAAAUAUAUUGCUUGAUGACUACUGCGAGGCUGUGGUAGGAGAUUUUGGACUGGCAAAGCUGUUGGAUCACUGCGAUUCACACGUGACAACAGCCGUCAGAGGCACCGUGGGUCAUAUAGCUCCUGAGUAUCUCUCCACAGGCCAGUCCUCUGAGAAAACAGAUGUUUUUGGGUUUGGGAUUCUUCUGCUGGAAUUAAUAUCUGGCCAAAGAGCUCUAGAGUUUGGGAAAGCAGCAAACCAGAAAGGAGCCAUGCUUGACUGGGUGAAGAAAAUUCAUCAGGAAAAGAAGCUUGACAUGCUAGUUGACAAGGACUUGAAAAGCAACUAUGAUCGAAUCGAGCUUGAAGAAAUGGCUCAAGUAGCUUUGUUAUGUACUCAAAACCUUCCGAGUCACAGACCGAAGAUGUCUGAAGUGGUCCGAAUGCUCGAAGGAGAUGGGCUUGCAGAAAAAUGGGAAGCUUCACAGAGAGUUGAAUCAACAAGAUGCAGAGCCAAUGAAUUCUCCUCUUCAGAGCGAUACUCGGAUCUUACUGAUGACUCUUCCCUGCUUGCUCAAGCAAUGGAGCUCUCUGGACCCCGGUGACAUAAAAGUAUGAAAGGAGAAAUCAAUAGAACAAUCCGUUGCCAAGAAUCUGUGUGAAAAAACAAACAAUCCCUGUCGAAAUGUGUCGGUUGUAUAUUAGAAUCAUUGAAGCCUUUUAAGAGUCUUGUUCAUUUCUGACUGUACAGAAUGUGAUCUGAAAUAACUGACGUGUUACAUGUCCUUUGGUUUAAGCCGAGUGAAGAAAUUUUUUCGAGCAAA